GACUAGUCGUUGGUGUGACUACCUGUGGCUAUCACUCUGGCACUUAUACUCGUAUACGAGGCACAAGUGCCUUUUGAACCGUAGUCGCGUGUCCUGGAGUGACGAGAUAAGAAGGUCGGUUACUCUUCUUGGACUAUUUUUUAACCUCAGCUUUUUUCCGACGCAAAGGAUUUGGUUUUGAACAUUAUCUGAGGAUCUAUCUCAGUGUACACCAGCACAUAUAGCUGAGGUAAUCAGCUGUAGUGCCAUUUUUGUGGUUUUUGCACCUUGAAAGUGGAGAAGUGUCACAACGCACCCGGUGACUUUAAACGCUCCUGUCACACAACAGACGCACCAACUCUGAUUUAAUAUUUUAAAAUACAGCCAUUUAAACUUACGCUAUCAUAGGUGUACUCAGUCAUUUGGACUUAUAUUUAAGACAUUCAAGAAAACAUUAUUUGGGAAAAACGCACUGGAUGAACUUGGAAUAGCUAACUUAAGAAAAAAAGGUAAAGAUUUUUUUUUUUUUUCCGCAUACGAAAGUUUGCAUUCCUACGGGAAAACUACAGAUGAUGGAGCUCCCUGCGGAAACCCGGUGGAAGAUGCAUGCUCAUCAUUCAGCUUUAAUGGGUACCUCAGAUUCGGUGUCUCCACACGCUGGUUUAGGACAUCAUAGUUCGGGAUAUAUGGAGCCAGGUACCCCAUUAUUGCCACCAGACGAGGUGGAUGUAUUUCUCAGUCAUCUGGACUCUCAAGGAUACCCCUAUUAUCACACACAAGGGUCCCACUCUCAUACUCGUGCACGAAUGUCUUACAGUCAAACGCAUGCAGCACGGCUUACGGGUGGCUCAAUGUGUCGAUCUCACCUUAUCCACACUCAAGGUCUUUCUAUCCUGGAAAACAGCAAAUCGACCUUUCCAGUGACCCAGCACCACAGCACGUGGACCGUCAACCACCUGGGCAAAGCAGUUCUUCAUUCAAAAAGUGCCGAGAGCUCAAACGGCCUGUACACGGGUACCGGAGCGCAUGGCCCGGGUUCGAUGUCGUGCCUGUCAAUGAAGCAACACUGCAGCCCUCAGCUCUACUGCCUGCCCACUACUCCACCCAAAGAUGCGUCCUCUGACCCUGCUUGUUCUGUGGUAAGGGACGCUGGGAAGUACCAUCUGCCUCUUGUCGACGGGAUGAAGAUGGAGUGCUCUAGACCAAUCCGUGGCAAUCUGGCACAAACUACAGCUCAUGUACCUUCAUAUUCUGAAUACGCACUAGCUGGAGCGCACGAGUACACAGGCAGUGUGUUUCAUUCCAGAAGUCUGCUUGGGAGCAGCGCGAGCAACAUGACGUCAAAAUACAAAAGUAAAAGCCACGCUUUCUCAGAAGGGCGUGAAUGUGUGAACUGUGGAGCUACAUCAACUCCUCUGUGGCGGAGAGAUGGAUCAGGUCAUUAUCUGUGUAAUGCAUGUGGUCUCUAUCACAAAAUGAAUGGCCAGAACCGACCCCUCAUCAGACCCAAGCGCCAACUGUCCGCAUCUAGACGAGCAGGUACCUGUUGUGCCAACUGCCAGACAGGGACCACCACACUUUGGAGACGUAAUUCCAGUGGGGAACCUGUCUGUAAUGCCUGUGGUCUAUACUACAAACUACAUAAUGUGAACCGUCCACUUACUAUGAAGAAAGAUGGGAUACAGACACGCAAUAGGAAAAUGUCAGGCAAACUUAAGAAGAGGAGAGGAGAACAUUUUCAGCAAUUUAACAGUUGUGUGCAUGAGAAACCAUCCACCUUCAGCCACAUCGCCAACAUGCCCCACCCCUUCAAUAUGACCCAACCAAUCCAAUUACAUCCCGCAUUCAGUCACAGCAGCUUAGUCUCUGCUAUAGGCUGAGAGACACUUGUAGAAGAUCCUAUACUUAAUUAACACAUUAACUGCAUUCUUCAGUUUUAAUGUUCAGGUCAAGGACAUUUUGUUAAUGUUACAGGCUCAAAUGUUCAUUAUGCAAAUCUCAAAAUUCUACUCAUUCUUGAUUUAAAAUGUUGCACUUUAUUUUGUGGUUUCCCAGAUUUAUUUAAAUAUAAUCACAUUUCCAAAAUGUUUAUGCCUCUUCAUGUCAUCUAUAGCACUGCACCUAAUGCAACUGAAUUAGAAGCAGCCCUGCAUUAAAAAAAGGAUAAUAUAAACCUGUCCCUAAACCAUUUGCCAUUAUAUAACUAUAUUUCUUUUUUUUCUAAUUUAUUUUUUCUUUGUUCUUAUUUUCAAGCUUUAAACUAGUAUCAACAUCAAUAUUAUCAAUUAAUAUUUUCUGUACACACAUGCAUUAACACAAACAUUAAUACACUUUUACUGUGUGCUUAUUUUACAUUUUAUUUAAUAAAUGAUUUAAACAGUGUUUUCUGUGCGAGUUCUUGCCUUAUUUGCAAAAACAUUAUCAAAUUGAGAUGUUACAAACAUAUAUAAACAAUCCAAAAGACACGUGUGGCCUUAUACACUCGA